UUACAGAACAAGGCAAAUGUGAAUGAGAAACGUAAUGAUGGCAGCUCACCUCUACAUGAUGCAGCCUACCAGGGACAUAGGGAGGUUGUGGAGGUGUUAUUACAGAACAAGGCAAAUGUGGAUGAGAAAGAUAAGAAAGGCCACACACCUCUACAUCGUGCAGCCUCCCAGGGACAUAGGGAGGUUGUGGAGGUGUUAUUACAGAACAAGGCAAAUGUGAAUGAGAAACGUAAUGAUGGCAACACACCUCUGCAUGUUGCAGCCUGGCAGGGACAUAGGGAGGUUGUGGAGGUGUUAUUACAGAACAAGGCAAAUGUGGAUGAAAAACGUAAUGAUGGCAACACACCUCUACAUGAUGCAGCCUGGCAGGGACACGUGGAGGUUGUGGAGGUGUUAUUACAGAACAAGGCUAAUGUGGAUGAAAAACGUAAUUAUGGCAGCACACCUCUACAUAUUGCAGCCUACCAGGGACAUAGGGAGGUUGUGGAGGUGUUAUUACAGAACAAGGCAAAUGUGGAUGAAAAACGUGAUGAUGGCCCUACACCUCUACAUGAGGCAGCUUACCAGGGACAUAGGGAGGUUGUGGAGAUGAUAUUACAGAACAAGUCAAAUGUGAAUGAGAAACAUCAAGACGGCAGCACACCUCUACAUCUUGCAGCCUGGCAUGGACAUUCGGAGGUUGUGGAGGUGUUAUUACAGAACAAGGCAAAUGUGGAUGAGAAAGAUAAGGAAGGCCGCACACCUCUACAUGAUGCAGCCUGGCAGGGACACAGGGAGAUUGUGGAGGUGUUAUUACAGAACAAGGAAAAUGUGGAUGAGAAAGAUAAGGAAGGCUGCACACCUCUACAUCGUGCAGCCUCCCAGGGACAUAGAGAGGUUGUGGAGGUGUUAUUACAGAACAAGGCAAAUAUGAAUGAGAAACGGAAUGAUGGCAGCACACCUCUACUUGAUGCAGCCUGGCAGGGACAUAGGGAGGUUGUGGAGGUGUUAUUACAGAACAAGGCAAAUGUGAAUGAGAAACGAAAUGAUGGCAACACACCUCUACAUCUUGCAGCCGUCCAGGAACAUUGGGAGGUUGUGGAGGUGUUAUUACAGAACAAGGCAAAUGUGAAUGAGAAACGGAAUGAUGGCAGCACACCUCUACAUAAUGCAGCCUACCAGGGACAAAGGAAGGUUGUGGAGGUGUUAAGCACACCUCUACAUGAUGCAGCUCACCAGGGACAUAGGAAGGUUGUGGAGGUGUUAUUACAGAACAAGGCAAAUUUGGAUGAGAAAGAUAAGAAAGGCCGUACACCUCUACAUGAUGCAGCCUCCCAGGGACAUAGGAAGGUUUUGGAGGUGUUAUUACAGAACAAGGCAAAUGUGAAUGAGAAACGUAAUGAUGGCAGCACACCUCUACAUGAUGCAGCCUCCCAGGGACAUAGCAAGGUUGUGGAGGUGUUAUUACAGAACCAGGCAAAUGUGGAUGAGAAACGUAAUGAUGGGAACACACCUCUACAUCUUGCAGCCUGGCAGGGACAUAGGGAGGUUGUGGAGGUGUUAUUACAGAACAAGACAAAUGUGCAUGAGCAACGUCAAGAUGACAGCACACCUCUACAUGAGGCAGCCUACCAGGGACACAGGGAGGUUGUGGAGGUGAUAUUACAGAACAAGUCGAAUGUGAAUGAGAAACAUCAAGAAGGCAGCACACCUCUACAUCUUGCAGCCUGGCAUGGACAUUGGGAGGUUGUGGAGGUGUUAUUACAGAACAAGGCAAAUGUGGAUGAGAAAGAUAAGGAAGGCCGCACACCUCUACAUGAUGCAGCCUGGCAGGGACACAGGGAGGUUGUGGAGGUGUUAUUACAGAACAAGGAAAAUGUGGAUGAGAAAGAUAAGGAAGGCAGCACACCUCUACAUCGUGGAGCCUCCCAGGGACAUAGAGAGGUUGUGGAGGUGUUAUUACAGAACAAGGCAAAUAUGAAUGAGAAACGGAAUGAUGGCAGCACACCUCUACAUGAUGCAGCCAACAAGGGACACAGGGAGGUUGUGGAGGUGUUAUUACAGAACAAGGCAAAUGUGAAUGAGAAACGUAAUGAUGGCAACACACCUCUACAUCUUGCAGCCGUCCAGGACCAUUGGGAGGUUGUGGAGGUCUUAUUACAGAACGAGGCAAAUGUGAAUGAGAAACGGAAUGAUGGCAGCACACCUCUACAUAAUGCAGCCUACCAGGGAGAAAGGAAGGUUGUGGAGGUGUUAUUAAAGAACAAGGCAAAUGUGGAUGAGAAAGAUAAGGAAGGCAGCACACCUCUACAUGAUGCAGCCAACCAGGGAGAUAGGAAGGUUGUGGAGGCAAAUGUGAAUGAGAAACGGAAUGAUGGCAACACACCUCUACAUGAUGCAGCCUACCAGGGACAUAGGAAGGUUGUGGAGGUGUUAUUACAGAACAAGGAAAAUGUGGAUGAGAAAGAUAUGGAAGGCCGUACACCUCUACAUGAUGCAGCCGACCAGGGACAUAGGAAGGUUGUGGAGAUGUUAUUACAGAACAAGGCAAAUGUGAAUGAGAAACGGAAUGAUGGCAGCACACCUCUACAUGAUGCAGCCUACCAUGGACAUAGGAAGGUUGUGGAGGUGUUAUUACAGAACAAGGCAAAUGUGAAUGAGAAACGUAAUGAUAGCAACACACAUCUACAUCUUGCAGCCUUGCAGGGACAUAGGGAGGUUGUGGAGGUGUUAUUACAGAACAAUGCAAAUGUGGAUGAGAAAGAUAAGAAAGGCCGCACACCUCUACAUCGUGCAGCCUCCCAGGGACAUAGGGAGCACACCUCUACAUGA